UGUACUUAUUUACCUCUUUUCUGUUUUUUAAGAUAAAAGACAAAUGUAAUUCCAGGUACUGUAUUAUAAAGGAUGGACUUUAAAGAACGUUUGGAUAUUUAAGCAACCAUCACAUUACAGAUACACAUCAGGUCUUCAGGAUGUCCGAGUUGCUUUUUCCAGACUCUGCACCGAUUCUGAAAGCUCCUCCAGAUCAGAUCACAAAACCUUCUGCACCUGAAUGGGUGAAGGAUGAGGAGGAGAAGAUGAAGACGGACCUGAACCGAGCAGAAGAAGAGAUGACGGCCGACGUGGAGCCGAGUACCCUGCCGUGGCCUGGAGACAAAGCCGAUCAACCUGAACCAGAUAACGCCGAGAGCACCAGAUCGGACAGCGUGUCCCUCCGCGGGGGAGCGAGCAGGACGGAGAGCGAGCGGGAGUUCGGCGGGCGAGAUAAAAGGCAGACGGGAGACAGCUGGAUGGAAGGAGAGCGACCGGAGAAGGUGGAACACUUGGAGAUCGAGGUGGAGGAGCUGAACGCCAUGCCGGAGAAAGCAGCCGGUGUCUUCAGUCCGAGUCUCGGCAUCAUGCGCUCGGUCAGCAUGCCCAAUCCACCCAGACACAGCUCGGAAUGCUGGAAGGAAGAGAACACGCCUUUUAUUAACCAUCAGGGAACGCUGCCGGACGGAUACUGCGAUGAUUAUCCUAGACAUUAUAAAACACAAUGCUGUUGGUGUAUUGGGGGAUAUCGAGACGUCCUGAAAAUGGGCGUGUCGCUGUUCAUGUCAGCCCUGAUCUUCCCCGUUCUGGUGUGGGGAGGCUACGUUUUCCUGCCCUUCGAUGCUCCUGUGCUGGACAGCGCCCCCCUGAGGCUGGUCUACACCCUGCGCUGCUCGGUCUUCGCCGUCAUUCCAAUUGUAUUGGGUGUGUUAGUGCUGGGCGUGUCUCGUAUACAUUACCGUGCUCUACAGCCUCUGUGUGAUGAGAAGAUCGAUCAGGUGAACAUCCACCGCAGUUACGUCGAUGAUUCCAUCUCCCUCUUCCUGCUGUACUUCCUUCAGCUGGGGGUCAUGGCCGCCUAUCUGGACCAGAACCUUCUCAAACUGGUGCCUCUACUCACCAUCAUAUUUGUCUUCGGCAGGCUGGUUUACUGGAUCGCAGCGGCGUGUGGCAGCAGUCUGAGGGGCUUCGGUUUUGGGUUCUGCUUCUUCCCCAUGCUGACCAUGCUGGUGGCCAACCUGUACUUCAUCUUCAUGACCGAUUCGGCCGGCUCCAUCUUCGCCCAGGAGAACCUGGAGCCGCCCGGCCCUCCUCAGGACCACAGGCAGAGGUUCUGGGGGUAGAGAAAAGCUGUCUGAUCUCUGUAGAUUAGUAUCACUGAUGGAAACCUGCUUACACGGAGCUGGAAGUUCCAGUUUUGAGGACCUGGUGCAGGUGAAGCAGGCGAAGGCUUGUCACUUAUGUGUUUAUAUUGAACCUUUUGUUAUGAACAACUGUGUAUAAAGCUGAUGGUUUUAAAUACAGACUAAAUGUAGUCGA